AACAAAACAAAACAAACAACAACACCAAUGAAGCGUCUUCCUGACACUAAGCAGCUACAAUUUUGGAUAAUUAUUAACACUUUUAUAUAGUGACCGAGGCCGUAGGAGCGCAGGUGAGAAGUCACGGUAGAAACUCGUAACUUCUACCAGGAAAGUGUCAACCCGCCCUAAAAGAAAACAUGUAGCGCUAACUGCGUGGGCAGCUGACAUUUGCUAAAGUUCAACGUCUCUGGAUUUAUAUAGCUGUAAAAAAGAAAUACUGGUCGGUUUAUUUCCCCCAGAAAGAGAAACCUGUCCCGAGUGGAUUUGAGGUUUGAACAAUGGAGAAUGAAGGGGAAGUGAAAACUGAGGAGGAGAAAUCUGAGUCAGUUUCUCAAGCUCAGCAGCUUUGUCGCUUCUUCUCCCAAGGACGACACUGUAACUUUGGUAAGAGAUGCAGAUUUCUACAUGUGAGAGACGAUGGAAGAGAUCAAGAGAGGAAAACUGUUGAUCCACCCGGUCAUCCUGAUGAUACUCCCUCUCACACUGAAUCUCAUCAACCUAAAGAAGAGAAGUCGGCAUUUAACCCAAAGUUUGCCCCAGCCUCUUCCCGCCGCCCCUGUCGCUACUUUCUCUCUGGGCAUUGCACCAUGGAGGACAGAUGUCGCUUCUGGCACCCACAACAGUUGCCUCCAGUGGAUGAUUCACCUGUUAGCGCUAUAGAAAGUAAAACCCCGUUACAUCGCCCUCCAUUGUCCGGUCCAGGUGACCUGCGAACAAUGAAGCUGUGUGACAUGACUGAUGACAAAGCCAAGCAGCUGCGAGAUACAGAGAUCAAGCAGCUGAAGAAGCGUUUCCCCAAAGAUCAGCUGAUUAUUCAGGAGAGAAGCGAUGGCAAACUGACUUAUUACAGGGUGACCGUCGAGGCCACGGAUCCAGACUGGCCUUUUGAUUUAAAAGAAGUCGAUAUAAUGGUUAGCUUCCCAGACAACUACCCCCUGGAGAUUUUCACAAUAGAAAUCCCAUUGGACCAGGACCUGCCACCUGUCAUGGCAAAGCAUGUGCAGCAGGCAUCUUUGGAGUGGCUUCAGGCUAAGCAUGCUACCAAUCAGCUGUUGGGAAAAGUGGAGAUACUGUUCCGGCCUUUUCUGCGCUGGCUGGAUCGGAGCUUGGAGAGACUGUUCACCGAAGGAGCCAGAGAGCUUAAGAAAGAUAUCGAUUUAGAAAAAGCUGGCCUGCAGUUUAUCCCGUACCACGAACUCAAGGUAUCUGUAACUGACGCCUCUGACCCUGAUUCUGGAGUUGCUGUGGCUGAGGACACCUGUAAAAAUGCCAAUAAGACAGAAGAUUUGAAAUCAGAGGAAAAAGAGCAAAUAUUGCAGCAGAAAACGACACAGUGUACUGAAGGUCAGCUGCAGGAGGAAGAUGCGAGCCAUCUGGUGGAGAACAUUAAAAUCAGCGAUCCUCGCAGAGGCACAGAGGUCAAGCUGCUGGGCCUCAGGCUGGGGGAAAACACGGCCACUGUUAUUGCUCACCAGGUUACUGUUUGUCUGCAGUGUAAUAGGUGUAAGGUGACUGCAGAUCUGACACUUACAGGAAGGACAACCUGCUCAGCUCAGUGUGAGAAGUGCAAUGCAGGUAUAAAUGCUGCAUUCAGGCCCUGCAUGAUCCACCAUUAUAGCGAUGUCCUGGGAUAUUUAGACCUUCAAAACGCCACAGCCUCUGACCUCGUACUUCAGGACUGCCACCUCUCUGUGGGAUGCCUCAGCUGCUCUCAGGAGGUUCCAGUGGAGAGCGUUUUCUACGGACAAACAAAGGAGCUUAACUGUGAAAACUGCCACAGCAAACUCAGCCUCCUGGCUGAGAGCACCAGGUUCCAGUACAUCCCACCUCGCUCUUCCAACAAAACAGGUUCAAGCGCCGUCAGCUUCAAAACAAUUAGAGAUCCGGCAGUGCAAAAAGGGAAGCCACUGCCGGAUAAAGGAACUUGCAAACAUUACAAACAAAGCCAUCGCUGGCUCAGGUUUCCCUGCUGUGGUCGGGCGUAUGCCUGUGAUGUGUGCCAUGACGAGAAUCAGGACCACCCCAUGGAACUCGCCACCAGGAUGAUCUGUGGAUUCUGUGCCAAAGAACAACCUUAUGGUAAUGGAAAACCCUGCAUCAGCUGUGGGAGCAUGAUGACAAGAGGCAUGCGCACCAGCCACUGGGAGGGAGGGCUGGGAUGUAGAAAUAAAGUCAAAAUGUGCAGAAAUGAUCGACAGAAAUACGCCAACUCCAACAAAACGGUUUCAAGGAAGGCUGCGAGUGAGAAAAAGUGAUCCCCAAAGGGUUUUAUUUUUUCUUCUGUUGCUGUGGGGG